AUGUCGUGUUCGCCAACCAAGUCUGGCUCAGACACGAAUCUGCUCCGUCAUGAUGACUUUGCAGAUAAAGUCACGUCCAGAAUGAGAGGCGACAAACGCAAGCGCCCUGAUGACGAUGUGACAGCGAUCAUUUCCGAAGAAUUAAGAACUUUCAAGUCCGAGAUUAUGACCCUACUAACAACUUGGAGAGCCGAAGAUGAAAACAAACACAUAAAAUGGGACCAAACACUUACAGAGAUAAAAAAUACAACACGAGAGCUGGAAAAGUCUAUGGACUUCAUUACAUCGCAAUAUGAAGAGAUGUCUCUGAAAAUAAAUGGACUGGAGCAAAAAACUAUAUUACAGGAAGAAGUUAUAUCAUCCUUGAAGAAUGAAGUAGAACAUUUACAGCGUGAAUCGAGGAAAACUUGUCUGGAGCUAAGAAAUGUGCCAGCAGAAGCAGGUGAGAACAAAAAAACCCUCUCAGAUUCUUUUGUCACCUUAUGCAAGGCAAUGAGCGUAGAGACCACUCCCAGUGAAAUAAAAGAUAUAUAUCGUAUUCCCGGUAAACGCGAAGCCAACAAACCUGUGAUAAUUGAACUUGCUACAAAGGAGAAGAAAAUCUGUGUACUAAAGGCAGCUAAAGAGUUCAAUAUCCAACACAGGAAUGCGAAGUUGAACGCAUCUCAUUUGGGCUUAAAACAGAAUACUCCGAUCUAUGUAUCUGAUCACCUAACUCCACUCGCCAACCGUCUAUUCUUCUUGGCUCGGGAUCUCGUAAAAUCCAAUAUCUUCAAAUAUUGUUGGUCAUCCAAUGGGAAGAUAUUUGUGAAGAAGACUGACGACACUCCGAUCAUACUGAUAAAAAGUGAAUCACAGGUUCAUCAACUAAAAUCGGUGUGA